ACGGUGAACCAGGAAGUAUAGCCGUGGUGUAGUCCAAAACAUAAGGCGAUAUGGAAUGGACUGAAAUCUUAGUUACAAUUUAACGGAAUUGUAACAUUUUAAGGGACAUUUCUAAGGAUGGAAAAUUUAAAAAACCAAGUAUUAAUGUACCUAACGUUAUUGCUUCUACAUCCAGCGUUAAUUGUGACAGAGCAAGUUCUGAGCCAACAUUCUGGUUUACAUUCUAGUGAUGACGCCGGAGGUAAUGGGGGACCAGAACUUAUUAGUAAUACAGGCGACGCUAAACAAAUAGCAGCAAAAAACGACAUUGAACUUUCUGCCAACCAGCGUUUGGUUGAUGGACAACCGGGGUCAACUAGCAGGCUUAAUGACACUGAAAAUCCCAGCAAUGAGUCACUCCACACCACAGCCGUUGCCAAGGCAACUACCCCUUCACCUCCAACCCCCAAGCCCAUCCUGCCAGUGCAGACCGGGGUCAAAGCCCAGGAGGAGGAGCAGUCCAGUGGGAUGACCAUCUUCUUCAGCCUCCUGGUCAUUGGUAUUUGCAUCAUAUUGGUGCACCUUCUUAUAAAGUUCAAGCUGCAUUUCUUGCCAGAGAGUGUUGCAGUUGUGUCUUUGGGUAUUCUAAUGGGUGCUUUCAUAAAGAUCAUAGAGUUUCAGGAACUGGCCAAUUGGAAGGAAGAAGAAAUGUUUCGACCAAACAUGUUUUUCCUCCUCCUGCUUCCACCCAUCAUCUUUGAGUCUGGGUAUUCCCUGCACAAGGGUAACUUUUUCCAAAAUAUAGGAUCCAUCACCCUAUUUGCUGUCAUUGGUACAGCCAUCUCUGCUUUCAUCGUUGGAGGAGGCAUCUACUUCCUUGGGCAGGCAGAUGUCAUUUACAAGAUGACUAUGACUGACAGUUUUGCCUUUGGCUCACUCAUCUCAGCCGUUGACCCUGUGGCCACCAUCGCCAUCUUCAACGCGCUCAACAUUGAUCCCGUUCUCAACAUGCUGGUGUUCGGCGAGAGCAUUCUCAACGACGCCGUUUCCAUCGUGCUCACCAACACGGCAGAGGGCUUCGCUCGCUCAGAAAACUCGACGGUGACGGGCUGGGAGACCUUUACGCAGGCUCUUGGGUACUUCCUGAAGAUGUUCUUCGGCUCCGCGGCACUGGGCACGCUCACUGGGCUCAUCUCUGCCAUUAGCCUCAAACACUUUGACCUGAGGAAGACGCCUUCCCUGGAAUUUGGGAUGAUGAUAAUAUUUGCUUACCUUCCGUAUGGUCUGGCUGAGGGCAUCAAAUUGUCUGGCAUCAUGGCCAUCCUGUUUUCUGGGAUUGUGAUGUCACACUACACCCACCACAACCUGUCCCCAGUCACUCAGAUCCUCAUGCAGCAGACCCUGCGAACUGUGGCCUUCAUGUGCGAGACGUGCGUGUUUGCCUUCCUGGGCCUGUCCAUCUUCAGCUUCCCGCAUAAGUUUGAGCUGUCCUUUGUCAUCUGGUGCAUAGUCCUUGUGCUGGUGGGUCGAGCAGUGAACAUCUUCCCUCUCUCCUUCCUGCUCAACUUCUUCCGUGACCACAAGAUCACACCUAAGAUGAUGUUUAUCUUGUGGUUCAGUGGCCUCCGUGGAGCCAUUCCUUAUGCCCUGAGCCUCCAUCUGGGCCUGGAGCCCCUGGAGAAGCGUCAGCUGAUCGGAACGACCACCAUUGUCAUCGUCCUCUUCACUAUCCUGCUGAUGGGCGGUGGCACCAUGCCCCUUAUCCGCCUUAUGGACAUCGCAGAGAGCCAAUCACAUCGCAAAAACAAGAAGGAUGUCAACCUCAGCAAGACUGAGAAAAUGGGCAACGCCAUUGAGUCUGAGCACCUGUCUGAGCUGACAGAGGAGGAGUACGAAGCGCACAUCUACCAGCGUCAGGACCUAAAGGGCUUCAUGUGGCUGGAUGCCAAGUACCUCAACCCUUUCUUCACCCGGCGCCUCACUCAGGAGGACCUGCUGCACGGCCGAAUCCAGAUGAAGACACUGACAAACAAGUGGUACGAGGAGGUGCGCCAGGGCCCUUCAGGCUCAGAGGAUGAGGAGGAAGAGGAGGCGGAGCUGCUCUGAGGGGGUGCUACUGAUACAGACUUCCACAGGAAAAGAUGGGACUGUACCACUUUUACAGAUGAACCCUGCCCCCCUCCACUGGAGCAAACCAUUUAAUGUGAACCAAAAUGAUGAAUGUUUGAAAUGAAGGAACAUUUAGAAAGUCACACUGUGAAGACCUGACACAACUGGAGUUUAUUUACACAAAAUGGGCACACAUACUAAAUGUAAGACAGAAAAAAGAAGGGAAUUCUCUCAACCAAAAAGAGCAAUAUUAUUGCAACUUCCUGCAUUUAAGUAAUCUUUUUUAUGAUCUUAUUUCUGUGUCAAUAUGACACUAAGUACCAAUGAAUGUUCUGGGCUGAUGGGCUUUGAAUCUGGGCUGUGGAUUUUUGUAUUUUAUCUUUUUUCAUUUGUAUUUGUGUGUUGAUUUAUGUUUCCUUGGACAGCAGUGUAGAUUUUAUAAUAUUGUCAUAUUUCCAGGGAGUGCUACUUAGUAAAAGCUGCACACUGCAGGAUGUGUCAAAAAAUGAAGGGAGGUUUUUUUUCCAUUCUGCCUGGGGAAUUCUGCUGGAAAUAAUGGCAUAUCCAUGAAUCACAUGCUAUUCAAAUGACAGUUUAGGGAACGAGUGGUUGGCCCCUUGUGAUUCAUAUAAAAGCCAUAUUUGUUGCUGUAUAAUAUUGCUGUAAAAAUAACCUAGGUUCAGAACUGUUGUGGAUUGAUCACAGAGCACCUUUAUGAUGUAAUUUCUAUUAAUUUGCCUGUGGUUGACCACAAUUUGACGAAUGUCAGUUUUCUUGUUUAACAGUGAAAAAUGUUUCAUGAUUAUUUAAUUAUUGCACAUAAUAAUCCUCCACAUGUGUUAAUUAGUUUUGCUUUGGAUUCCCUUUUUCUUUAAAUUGUCUUAAGUAUCCGUGUUUUCCUCACCACUAGAGCUCACACGCUGGUGUGGAUGUUUGGGAUGUCCAAUCAAAACAGUGCAGCGAGGUAGAAGUCUCAAUUUGAUAUUUAUGGUGAGGGGAGAAGCAUCAGGAUAAAGCAGGAGCCAUUUCACUGGGUGUCUGGAUGCCACAUUCAUAAUGCAUAACGCAGCCAACAGUUUAAUUUUUUUAUGAGCGUGAUCAGUUUUCAUUCAUUCUUAUAUGAUAUGCAAAUCUACCCUUUGAUACAUGUGUAAUACUGUUUACCAGAAGUGGUAAUCCAGUGAAUCUUACAGCUUGUGGUUAUAGAUAUUGCUUUAAUGUUGGAGGUCUGUGCUUCUGGGAAGUGGACAUGAUUAACUUUUCUUAGGCCCUCCUAGCUUUUCAAUGAUGAAGUCAAAUACUGAAACUGUACUCACAUAACGGUAAUGUCUUCAGCUGUAAGAAUAAAGACACACUAAUGCAC